AUGCUAAUAUUAUCGUGUUCGUUAAAUACUGCGAGAGGCGGCUUUCAAAAUGGAGGUAGGAAGAUAAUUUACAGAUUCAAUUCGAGCUCGACCAGUAGGUGGAAGCAAAGGCAAAAAAAUGAUCAUUAUAGUAAACAGGCAAAACUACAAAAUCUUCGAUCAAGAGCUGCUUUCAAACUAAUAGAAAUUGAUGAUAAAUGGAAAUUGUUUUCCAAGGAAAGGCCUCAAUGCAUUUUAGAUCUCGGGUUUGCACCUGGAUCGUGGUCUGAAGUAGCAAAGAGUCGAACGUCUCCCGAUUCGAUGGUGCUAGGUGUUGAUAUUUUACCCUGUAAUCCACCCACAGGUGUUAGUUCAAUUCAGGCAAACAUUUUCUCCAAACAGACACAGGGAGUAAUUAGACAUUAUUUUGAUAAGCAUUUCAAGUUCAAGCUUAAUGCUGUUGAUAAACUUCAUAAGGACUAUGGUUAUUUUCACAACUACAAUGAUCCUAAAUUGAACGAAUUUGAAACCUACAACGAAUUGUUUUCUUCAGAUGACGAUGUGCCAAUUGAACUCCCUAACAGAAUAAGUGAAAAAUUUCCAGUAGACGUUAUAAUAAGCGAUAUGUAUGUACCGUGGCCUCGUGAUUUUUCUAAUUUUAGUUCUAGCAAUCUUACUAAUAUGCCUUAUUUUAGGUUGAUGAACACAUCAGGUGUCGCAGUCAGGGAUCAUUUGCAAUCGAUUGACCUUUGCGACGCCGCCUUAGUGACGGCAAUUGACUUACUCAAGCCCGGGGGCUCGUUUCUGUGUAAACUCUACACUGGAACUGAAGAUCGCUUGUUCGAGAAACGUGUGAGAAAUGUUUUUAGAAAGGUGGCAAAGGUGAAACCUAGUUCUUCUAGAAAUGAGUCAAGAGAACUGUAUUUUGUUGGGUUGGAUAAACGAGAUCCAAUUGAUAAAGUAACUGUAUUUACGUCGUAA